AUGAAAGACACCACAAUCUUGACGCUCCUUGCGUCUACCUUCAUCUGCUUCGGUUCUUCAGAGUUUGUGACCUCCAAGAACGGCCUCAACCUGGACGUCUACCACCUCCCAGCAGCCCCAGUCGUCUACCAGAACUCAACGAACCUAUCCUUCUCCCCUACAGCCUUUACUCUGAUCCACGGCAGACACGAUGCCGUGCUAGUCGAUGCUCCAGCCACGCUGUCUCAAGGCAGCGCUCUUGCAGCUUGGAUCGAGCAGACCAUCCCAGGCAAGCGUCUGAAGGCGAUCUACAUCACCCACGGCCACGGCGACCACUUUUUCACCGCGCCCGCCAUCCAAACGAGAUAUCCUGGCGCCCAAGUGGUCGUGGCCCAGGACGUCUACGCGCACAUGCUGCAGCAGUAUGAGCCGACAAUCUUCGCGAUGGUGUGGGCAUCUCUGUUUCCUGGUGGACAGGUCAGCGACGAUCCGUUCCCCGCGAAGAUCCUGCCGAGCAAUGGAACCUUCUACCUCGAAGGCCACGCUUUGCAGGCCGUCGAGGUCGGGCAGGGCGACACGUAUAACUCGACGGUCUUGCACGUUCCAUCUUUGGAUCUGGUCGUCGGGGGAGACGUGGUGUACGGUCACUGCCACCAACUGUUCGCCGAAGACGACACCCACGCCCUCAGACAGCAGUGGCUGAGCAGUCUGGACAAGGUGGCCGCGCUGAAGCCCAAGAUUGUCAUCCCGUCACAUAUGCAGCCCGGCGAGGGAUACGGGCCUAGCCAUCUUCACGAGACGAAACGCUACAUUCAUGUCUGGGAGCAGCUUCGUGCACGAGCGAGAACCUGGCAGGAGCUGGAGCAGGGCAUGAAGCAAGAAUUCCCCGGUCGGAUCGGUAGUUUCAUCCUGCGCUGGAGUUCUCAGGCACCAUUCGGGGCAGCCUUCUAG